GGUGACUGAGACUUCUCCCUCCUCUUCCUCCUCCUCCUCUUUUCCAUCUUGGGUGCUUAAUGUAAGCAACCUUCACUUCACUCUCCAAACAUGCAUCCUUAUGAAGCUGCGCUGCGAUAUGAGAUGUGAUCUCGAGGUUGAGCUUUCACAGCUCUCCAGGACAACUCCAAAGACGAGCUGAGUAGAGGAGAGGAGAGGAGAGCACUGAAAACUUCUACACAGACUACCAACUACAUAUAAGUUUGCAUCCUGGCAUCAGACUCCUCAGACAUGGAGUCAAAAACUGAUGCGUCAUUGACCAGCGAAGAACUGGCUGCUAUUGAGGAUGAAGAGGUUCUCAACAAGAUGCUGGACAAUACAACUGAUUAUGAACAGAGACGAAUGAUACGUGCCGCACUGAGGGACCUGAUGAAGAAAAAGAGAGAGAAACGGGAGCAGGAGCGAGGGUCGAGGCAGCAGGACUUGAAACAGCAAGGCCUGAGCAAAGGAGGAACAACAGGCGCAGCUGUCAGCAUAGGCAGAGCGUCGAUGAACCAGCAGUCACCGACGAACAAGCCGCCAGGUCAGUCCUGUCCACCAGCAGGCAGCCGGGCCAGUCCUGCUGAAGCCUCAGCCCAGAAAAGUCCUCCUGCUGCUGCAGCACCCAACGCUAAAAAUGUCAAACAGAUGCUUCUGGACUGGUGUAGGGCCAAAACAGAGCCAUAUGAGGGGGUUGACAUUCAGAACUUCUCCUCAAGUUGGAAAGAUGGCAUAGCCUUCUGCGCCUUGGUGCACCGGUUCUUCCCCGACGCCUUUGAGUACUCCAUCCUCAACCCCAACAAGCCCAGGGAUAACUUCCAGCUGGCUUUCAGCACUGCAGAGAGGCUGGCAGGCUGCCCUUCUCUGCUGGACCCUGAUGACUUAGUCCGGAUGAAAGAGCCCGAUUGGAAGUGUGUGUACACGUACAUCCAGGAGUUUUAUCGCUCCCUGGUGGAGAAAGGCCUGGUCAAAACCAAAAAGAGAAUGUAGACUUUCAUGAUUUUCUUUUUUUUUUUUUUACAAUUAAUACACACAAGCACGAGCUGAGGUCAAAAGAUAACAGUAUGCACUUUUGUUGUCAUUAA